AUGUCCUCUAGUGUGCAAUCCUUGGUGCCCCAGGCGCACCUGAGCCGCCCAGACGAUGGCGACGAGAUCGAGAUGGCCGGUGGCCUGGAAAGUAGAAUGGAACCUCUGCAAAGAGUUGUCACAGCCGCGACUACUCCGACCAGUGAGAAUGCAGAAGAUGAGAUCUCUACAUGGAAGUCUGUGACCAUCGUCAUCUCCUCAUUUACCAUAGUAUUCGUAUGCUGCGGCCUCAACUUCGCUUUCGGCGUCUACCAAGCUCUAUUUGAGGAGUACGCCGAACAGCCGGACAAUCCCUUCACUGGUGCCACGCCCGCCCAGAUCGACCUGAUCGGCACACUGGGCAUCUCGUUCAUGACCAUCGGCGCACCGUUCGCCGUUGCGUGGGCCAAGCUAUUUUCGCCUCGUAAGGUCGCUUUCAUCGGCGGCCUGAUCUUUGGCCUCUCGUUGGUCCUGGCCAGUUUCGGAACGAAGCUAUGGCAUUUCCAGAUGACCCAGGGUUUCCUCCUCGGCAUCGGAACCUGUCUCUCGUACAUGGUGGCCGUGACCGUCGCGCCGACCUGGUUCACGUCCCGAAGAGGCCUCGCCAUGGGCAUCAUCCUCUCCGGCACAGGAGUGGGAGGCCUCGUCUGGGCCCCGUCCAUGACGGCCUCGGUCGAGCACAUGGGCUUCCGCAACACCCUCCGGGUAAGCGGCGCGUUCUCGGCCGUCUGCGUCGCGGCAGCCAGCAUGGCCCUGGGCUGGGAGCCGGCGACGAGGCGGGCCCUCGAGGCUGAGAGGGCGGCGCGCACGUCCAGCCGCGCCUCCGGCAUGCUCAAGGUGCCGCUGCUCGACGUCCGCGUCGCCCGGACGCGCAAGUUCGCCGCCCAGGCCCUGGGCGCCGUGCUGCAGUCGGCGGCCUACUACACGCCCGUCUUCUUCUUCGCCUCGUACGCGCGCACGCUCGGCUACGGCCCCGCCGCGGGCGCCAACUUCAUCGCCGUCAGCAACGCCUGCAACGCCGUCGGCAAGAUCGCCAUCGGCCACGCCGCCGACCGCGUCGGCCGGCUCAACCUGCUGUUCCUGACGACGCUCAUGAGCGCCAUCGUCACGGUGGCCUUCUGGCUGCCGUCGACGCUCUACCCCUACGACGGCGGCGCGGGCGGCGGCGCGCGGGGCCUUUUCGUCGCCUUCACCGUCUUCUACGGCAUCUUUGCCAGCGCGUACGUGUCGCUGUUCCCCACGAGCCUCGUCGAGCUUUUCGGCACCCAGAACUUCGCCUCGGUCAACGGCGUGCUGUACAUGGUGCGGGGCAUGGCGACGAUGAUCGGCACGCCCGUCGGCGGCGCGCUGAUCCGGUCCUCGGCGGCUGGGCUUGGGCCCAAGACGUACGAGGGCAUGUCCGUUCUGGUCAGUGUGCUGCUUUUCGGCGCGGCGGUGGCCGUCUUGUGGGUCAGGGCCGAAGCUAUGAUUUCUCAUGACGGCACGAGGGUGUGGAAGUGGAGGCUGUAA